AUGGAUUACAGUGCAAUCUUCUAUGACACAGCGGCUAAAACAACAAGACUAAAACAACUUGACAGUAUCCGGAAUCAGGCACUACGACAACUUGACAGUAUCCGGAAUCAGGCACUACGACUUAGCCUCGGCGCCUACCGAACAAGUCCAAUAAACAGCCUACUAGCAGAAGCAGGAGAUAGCCCGCUAAAACUGAGGCGCACCGAACUAACAUCUAAAUACGCAAUCAAGGCCAAAACCCAAUCAGAAAACCCGGCCUUUGGCUUCAUGAACGACAAACCGGGAACAGAUAUAAUCUAUUCAUCAAAGAACACCAAAUUAAAACCACUAAGAGUCAGAAUUAAAAAUAUACUAGAAGAACUCAACAUAAAAGUUCCCCAACCGAUUCCUAGAAAACAUAGUGGUCCACCCUGGCUAAAACACAGCAUUGCAGUCAAUCUGGAUAUGUCCGAGCUACCAAGAAAAACCGCAACUCAGCAAACCUAUCCGAACCUCUUCCUAGCUACCCAAGAGAAAUAUAAAGACCACAAGGCUUACUACACAGAUGGCUCAGUUGGAAAAGGCCAAGCCAGCUGUGCCGUGGUAAAUAACCGAAAAAAAAAGGUUUCAGACUUUACGACUCUCGACCGAUAUUCACAUGUGAAGCCGCUGCAGUCUGACUCCAUGUCAUGUCUCAUCGCACUGCAAAACACGGAAAACACAUGCUCUCUGAUAACUAACAUCAAAGAGAGUAUCAAAAGUUUAACAUGCAACAACAGAAGAGUUAGUCUAGUAUGGAUCCCAGGACAUCAAGGGAUAGCUGGUAACGAAGAAGCGGACCAAUUAACAACAGAAGCCAUUGACAAUAACAUUAUUGAUGAACUACCAAUAACGACGAUACAAGACACAAAUAAACUCAUUAAACAAACAAUCUGGACCCAAUGGAACGACCGAUGGUUGAACGAAAGACAAACCGGCUUAAGCGAGAUCAGAGAAUCGGCCACAGAGGACAACCCAUGUAUCGUUGUCAAGAGUGAUAAUUUGGUUUCUGACAUGUCUUUCGAGAUAAAUUAA